UGGGCACACGCAGGCAAGAAGUAUCUGGGCGUCCAGUCGGGCUAACGGGAGAAGUUGUUUUGUCUUCGGAGUUUUGUCAACGACAUAAACUCAAACCACAAUGACUUCGACGAACAUGUUUCAGGGCUUGGACACCGGUUCCAAACCGAGUUCAAGGGUGCUGCGGCCUCCCGGAGGUGGCUCCAGUAACCUGUUUGGUGGCUUUGAUGAAGAUGCAGCAGCAUCAAGAAGGCCCAAUAAAAUGGCGUCUACGAUUUUUGCUCCAGCAGAGGAGCCGCAGGGAGGCCCCAAACGCUCCAACCCUCCAGGUGGGAAGACUAGUGGAAUAUUUGGGCAACCUGAGCCUCCAGUUCAACAACAGAGACCCAUUCCCCCGGGUGGAGCAACCAGCAACAUUUUUGGGGCGGCAGAGAGUUCCCCUGUCCAAAUCCGAAGCCACCCCAAUAAACCAAAGGUAGGCCCAGACAAUUUAGCUGUGGGGCCUGAGGCUGAGCCACCAGUUGAAGCCCCCCAGCCCAAGGUGAGCCAACCUGAAGUGAGGGAGGAGCCUGCUCCCCCGGCUGUGGUGCCAGCCAAGGAGGAGCCUCCUGCUGCUGCUGCUGCUGCUGCUGCUGCUGAAGUUGCUGCUGUCUCAGCCAGUCCAGAGCCAACAGCCGCCCCCGAGUCCCCUGAGCAGACUACAGAAAAGAACCACGAGCCCCACUUGGGUCCCAGGCCUCGCUCUCACAACAGGGUCCUCAACCCCCCAGGAGGAAAGUCCAGUGUCAUAUUCUACUGAACAUACACACACACACACACACAAACACACUCACUCCUUCCUAGUUUUAUCCAAGCACUCCUUCCUGUCUGCUGCCCCCCUCUCAUUCCACCCCCCGCCUCCUUUUACUUAAACUGUUUGACUAACCAGAAAUCAGGAAUUUUUGUUGUUGACAUUAAAUUCUUGGUCAGAUGUGUUGCUUCUUGCACUUUUAGCCCUAUUCCCAGUCCUCCCCCCUUCGUCUGAUGCUUUCACAUACCUUCCAAGCCUCCAUCAUACAAUCAGCCAAUCAAUCAAUCUACAAGUUAGCUACUAUCUACUCAGUCGAACUGUGAUACAAUUCAGUCUCAAUAUUACUGUUGCUGUGUUUUAGCAUAUUAUUUUGUAUCAAAUCGCGUUUUUUUUCUGUUGAUUUGAAACUGCUAAUUUGUUGCUCUCGGCAGUUGUGAGGGCACCGCAAAGAGAAGGUUUUGACAGUUUUCAGUUUUCGGAAAUGGUCCUAGAUUGAGUUGGUUUUAUCUGACCUGGUAUGAUUCCUUAACAGAAAUUUGCUCACAGUUCUCAGUGCCUCUUUAGUUCAAACGAUUUCAUUCAAGCAGGAGAUGAACAGAUAUAGUAACGUGAUGUAAGCUGCUCCAGGGAGUUCCCCUAGUGCCAAGUUAUGGACACCACCAGAUCCUUAUUAAAGAAUUGUUGUUGGGUGAAUGUUUCAAAUAAGACUCGUGUUAAACCACAACAUUUUACUGUACAAUCAUCUGAUAUCUCAUCAUUCUGUCUGACCUCCUGUUAUAUUGUCUGUUUUUUUUUUUCUCUCCUCAUUGGAUCCUGUCUUAACUUUGAUUACCUGCUGUUAGAGCACAAUCUGUUCCAGGAGAAAUACCAAAAAUUGACUAAGAAACAAAGAUGAAUGCUAUAGCUUACUCCCAAACUUUUCUAUUUCCUCAAAAAUUCCACUUUGAUUUUAUGUGAUUGGUGUUAAUGCCGAAUAUGUUGUGCGGGUACUUUUCUGCUCUGUCAUCAUUGCUUGCUUUAUUUGAGAACGUGCUCUUCGCUUGGGGUAGGCCUCUGUUUAUGUUUUAAAUUAAAACGGCUGAACAGAAGUGAACUCUGGAAAAGUGCAUGGCCUGCCUGGGUCCAGGCAGGCUGAAGACCCUUGUCAAUAAUCUCGGUUUCACUCAUUUCACGACUGCAUGUUUGUGGUUUUCUUUUGCCUGCCUGUCCCCUGAAUGUUGAUGUGCCUGGCAGGCAAUGAGCAUAGCAGAAAAAAAUAACCUGUGUAUUACAAUAAAAAUAUUGUUUUGCAUUUGGA